AUGUGUGGUAGAGGUGUAAUUCACGUUUUCAUAGGAGCACCUGCUAUAACUACAUCUCUGACACGUGAAAAGGACAAUACUGGUGCAGAAUCCCCUAAAAUGUGGAAAGUCACCCCUUUUGCUUAUAACAUGCAGGAUACCCGUAUACAAAGCGGUGGAAACCACCAAAUAUCUGCCGAUCAUGGGCCAGAUGGAGGUUUAGGAGAGAAUACAAUGCAUGGAGGAUUAGGAUGUGACUGUUAUGGUGUUCAGGAAGGGCCUAAUGGUGGAACCUACGUGCAGAAAGGUGAUUUGGGGGAGAAAAUGCACAACAUGGACACAUGUGACAUAGGGAUCAUCUCAGAUUUGGUUUCUAGCACAGAGCUUUGCCAUAUUACACACAAUCUACAGAAACCCUUAGGAGCGGAAAGUGAGGAUCACCAUGAAUAUAUGGGAAAUGCACCACAUCUUUAUUACGUCAAAAGCGAUGCCUGCUGUAUAACUGCCGAAACAGAGUUCCUUACCGUUUUGACAUCAAGCCAGCUUGCUGUACGAAGUCCAGAAAAUUACAGAACAGAAGCUGCCAAUGAUAUUUUAGCUAGUAUAUCAGAAUCUGUAAAACAGGGUGUUUUGGUGGAAAACAUUGCUACAAGAACUUCAUCUCAGGAAGGUUUUACCUGCUCUUCAGAUCUUUUUACGGACACAUCCGAUGAAGAACUUGAUCAAAAGUCAUUACGAUCCCAUCAAAGUGGGAAAGAGCUUGAACAAAAGUCCAUUAAAUCCCAGAAAAGAUGUGAAAUGCCCAACCAAAAUUUUUGUAAUGAGAUUGCACAAAAAUCCAUACAGUCCCCUGAAAGUGGGGAAGGGCUUGACCAGAAGUCUUUACAGUUCCAUACUAGAUGUGAAGAAAUUGAACAAAAGACCAUACAGUCCCAUAAAAGUAGGGAGGAGCUUGACCAAAAGUCAUUACAAUCCCAUAGAACUGGUGAAGAGAUUCAUCAGAAUUCAUCACAAUCUCACAAAAGUGAAAAGUUCUUGUUCCAUAUCCAAGGGGAUUCAGCUGAAGAACUAAAUAAUAAUGUGGAUUAUCUUGGCAGUGCAAGCAGCAAAAGAAAGAAAGCAAUAAGUAGCUCCUCACCAUCGCCUAGACAUGAGCAGCAGUCUAAAAAAUCUAGGACUUCUAUAUCACCAGUAAAGUUCACUAUAAAAAGGCAUGUCAAACAUCCAGAGCCACCACCUGCAAAGUCAUUGACUCUUCUGAAGCAUUGCUCGGACAAAAAGAAAAAGUACGAUAUCAUGGCAGUUGUUUUGCAACCCUGUCACGUAAAGGAAAUUAAGGUCAAAAGUGGGCUGAAUAGUGGUUCCACUGUUCCAUUAGCAACUAUUGUUGUUAUAGACCAAUCAGAGGUUAAACGUGAGGUGUUAAUGUGGAGAGACACUGCUUUUUGGAGUUUAGCCUUACUCCCUGGUGAAAUAAUUGUGCUGACCAAUGUGUCUGUCAGUGAAGAUCGGUGGAAGGAAGACAUUGUGCUUCAGUCUAGCUUCAGGAGUAAACUGACUAAUCUUGGAAGCUGUUCUUCACUCCUCUCGGGAGAAGAUUCUAAUUUUGCUGAUUUUUUGUCUUUAAAGGAGUUAUUAGACUAUGUACAUGAAAAGCAUCAUUAUUUGAGUGAACUUUCUCCACGACAGCCCCAAAGGCUAGACCAUAUACAGUUCAUAAGCCUUGCUGAACUUCAACCAGAAUUAUUGCUGCACUCAUUGUUAAAGGUCAACAGCAUUUCUGUUCUUAAUGAAUCCACAUACAAUUUUAAGGGACAGCAGCAAAAUAAAAUCAUUUUGAUUGUUGAACAAAUCAAAGGACAUACAAGUACAUUAGUACUGUGGGGAACAUGUGUCACAUGGUGUGAUCAGAUCUGCCGUAAAAGAGAUCACAUCUGGAUCUUUAAAUACCUAUUCUGUAAGAAGAACAUCAUGUCAGGAGAUCUGGAAUUGCACACCACUCCGUGGUCAUCUUGUGAAUGCUUGUUUGAUGAUGACCAACGGGCUAUAGAUUUUUGUAUGAAGUAUAAUAUACCAUUAGCAAAGCCAAUGAGCCUUCGGAUGAUGAUUGAUGAUAGACAUUCAGGUGAAAUCCAAGUUAAAGGAAGUAUAUUGCAGAUAGAAGUUCAUAUUCCAGGCAAGCGAAAAAUAUUAAUAAACCACAAAACUUUAAUUUCAGACAUUCUGAAGUCCCUGCUUGAUAUUGUGUAUACAGGUUGCGAAAAAUGCAAAAGAGAGCUAACUAUGGAUGUCAACAAAGUGUAUGAGCAAUGUUAUAUGUGCCUACCCUUCAACCAAAUAAGAGCUUUCUAUAGGCCAGCACAGAUGACUAUAAUGAGUGAAGACUGUAGUGUACGUGUCCAAGUACCACCAGAUAUUCUCGAGAGUGUCUUUUUGAAUAUUGCACCUAGUUUAUUGCCCAAACCUUUUCCUAGUUCUACAGAUGUAACAUAUGGGACAAUUGUGGCAGAUCUCUGCUGUUCCCUGGUAGCACAGACUGGAGAAUCUUUUGUGUUCACCAUAAGAAGCCAGUUUUUGCUUGAUGAAAAUAGCAUACCAUUGGAAGAGGACUUUCACCUUUUAGAUUUUCAUCUUGACCUUUGAGGUGUAAACUGUUCAGAUUGCAUUACAGUUUUAUGUAUAAAUAUGAGUGUUAAAUUUCUAAAAUCGGAAUAUUUUUAUAAAUACAGGUAAUAUAUGCUUUUGGAGUAACAGAGUUCCAGUCUAUAAUAUAUAAUAUAUAUAUACUAGUCAAUUCCAUUUCUGAAUUACACCAAAUGUAUGGGGAGAGAAUGUAUUAUUUGUGACUUUUUUCACACCAUAUUUUUCAAGCUUGCACAUUCACCUUUAGACUGGAAACACAAAUGGCAUUUUAUAAACAAAAAAAAAAUAAUUGCCCCCCCCCCCCCCCCCCAAACUAAAUACUUACUACAUAGUGUUUUUGGUCAAGAAAACACUAAUACAAAAAUACUAGUAUAACACACUAUUUUUGGAAAAAAUCCACUUAAACUGAAUCUUGAAAGUGAAAAAUGAGGGGACAGUUUUUUGGUUGCCUUUAACUCGUCCUUGUGCCGUUAAUGUGGUAUGGGGGCCAGCCUUAAUAGCUGACAUGCGGCGAUCUCCGUGGCCAUCUAUUAACCCUUUAGAUCGCCGCUGUCAAAGCUGACAGCGGCGUCUAAAGAACCCUGUAAACGUUCCCUGGUGGUCCAUUGGGGUGGAUCGCCCCCCCACAUUGUGAUCACGGGGGGCAAUCCACUUCUGAGGUAGCCGGAGGGCUUACCUCUCCUAUGUCGACUGCUGCGCUGUGAAAGAUAAAGCUUGUCAGGACCAGGCUUCAUCAGUCGAGCGCAGAGCACACAGAUCCAUGUGGUUCUAUGGAACCACAUUGAUCUGUAUGAGGAAUCAAAUGAUUCCUCCUAAAAGUCCCCUAAGGGGACUAAAAGUGUAAAAGAAAAAAAAAAAAGUAAAAAAACACACUAACCCCUUCCUUACUAAUUACUAAAUCACUUAUUUCCCAAAUUCCAUAUAAAAAAUAUCUAAACAUAAUAAAAAUAAACGUGGUAUCGCCGCGUGCGUAAAUGUCCAAACUAUAAAAAGAUAAUGUUAAUUAAACUGCACAGUCAAUGGCGUACAUGUAAAAAAAUUCCAAAGUCCAAAAUUUGUAUACCCUAAAAAAAAUGUACAAAAAGUCAGAUGAAAACAAUCAUGGUACCAAUAAAAACUUCAGAUCACGGCGCAAAAAAUGAGCCCUCGUUCCACCCCGUGUACAGAAAAAUUUAAAAGUUAUAGGGGUCAGAAGAGGACAAUUUUAAACAUACUAAUUUUGGUGCGUGUAGUUAUAAUUUUUUUAAAGUAGUAAAAUAAAGAAAACCUAUAUAAAUUGGGUAUCAUUGUAACCGUAUGACCUACAGAAUAAAUAUAUGAUGUCAUUUUUACCGAACAAUGCACUGCGAAGAAUCGGAAGUCCCCAAAAUUGAAAAAUGGCCUUUUUUUUUUCAAUUUUGCCCCACAAAUAUUUUUCUGGGUUCGCCAUAAAUGUUGUGGUGAAAUAAUUGAUGUCAUUACAAAGUACAAUUGGUGGCGCAAAAAAAAUAAGCCUUCAUAUGAGUCUGUUGGUGCAAAAUUGAAAGCGUUAGGAUUUUUAGAAGGCGAUGAGGAAAAAAUCAAAGUGGAAAAAGUUGUACCUGUUCGUAGCUUUAUGCCAGUUUCAGUUGUGAAAAAUAUAUCAAACUGUUCCACUA